UGUUGUUACACAUUUAACACAUUGUGUGUGGAUUUCUACAUAAGAGUGUAAAACAUGUGUAAAUAAUGUGUAAAAAGGCUUAACACAGUUGAUGUGUUGGACAGUGAAUCUGAAUUCUGCCCAGCAACAGCGUCAUCCUUUUUUCGCGGUCAUCCAUAUUCGCGCCACAGUGAGUCGCUAAAGAAAACUGUCACAGUCCUCUCCAACGAGAAGGGUUAGGAUGGAGACUCCAAACUCCACGGAAGGGAGACAUGGGCCGCAGGAAUCUGUGAAAGUUCUUGCAACUACUUUUAAGAAUGGAAAUGAAUUGAAAAGAAAAAUUUACAGUGUCCAAAGCACAACAGAGCUUCUGGAAAAAACAAGUGAAUUGGGAUUUGUCCUUGACCGGAUUUUAAAAUUUAACACAGAUUUCCAAGAGUUUACUGAUGUUGACAGUAGUGUGCAGAUAAGUAACCUUGACAGAUUCCAAGUGCACUUUUCAGAAGCAUCCCAUCUUCAAACUGUCCCAAGAGAAGUCUGUCAAACGCAGCCUACACAGGAGCCAGAUCAGCAGGCUGGUCUGAGGCCUCUGCUUGAAAUGAAAGUUCCAGAAAUAUUUGAUGAACUCCAAACUAAGGCCAUUGUUACAGAGAAGACCCGAAUUAAACUCAUUAAAGUUUGCAUCUCUGACUUAGUGGAGAAGCAUGGAUUUUAUCCGUCCACUAUUGAAAAGGUGGUUCUUGCAAAGAACAUCAUCACCAUCUUCCCAUCGCUUAAAGUCCAAAUUGAUGGCAGAGGAGGAGGCUUUGAGCAUUUCUUCGAUCCAGCAUCACACUCUGGGUUUUUGGAGAUGAGACUUCGCAAUAUCCGCCGGAAGCUAGAGGAAGGCCAGCGGCGUUACAGUAGACACAAGAGGUGCCGAGAUGUUGAAGAGAUGUCAAGUUCUGUGCAGGAUGAAGGGGACGGCAGCGAAGUCAGAGAGUUCAUCAAACUGAUGAAAAGGCUGAGGCCUUCUGCAGAAAACAUGUCCUCAAUCAAAUCAGCGAUGCAGAAAACAUUCACCUGGCGCAGAUCGUGGAUAUCCAAACAUUCACCCACCAUGGAGGAAAUCUUGCAAGAGUAUCCACGCUUCUUGGAUAUACCAACACUGCUUGAUACAGAGUUUGGUAAAAUGCAUCAAGGAAAGGGGGACCUGUUCCUAAGGCGGUGGGAGGCCAGCAUCAUGCCGAAGCUGAAAGCUGUUGCCGCCAGGGAGAAGGGUGAUGUUGCAUCUCUUGUUGAAGGAAUGGAAGACCAAACUGAUGAUGAGAAGUGCUACAUUAUGUUGGUCGUCCUUACUCAUCUCCUUCCACCAAUUGCAGCAAGCCGCUGUAGCGUCAAGUCUGCGAUUACACAACUCGUUGAUUUUGUGCCGAUAUAAUGAAUACAACAACGUUCUAUGGGAAGCGACCAGGUGGACUUAAAAUCAGGAUUCCAUCAGCCGAAAGUGAUGACAGCUGUCUCAGUGACAGUGGGGAUAGUGAUGAAGACUACACUCCUACACCAGUUGAUGAAAGCAACGAUGAAAGCAGCGAUGGUGAGAGUACUGACAACAGCAACAAUGAUGAAGACUCCGAAGGAAAUCAUGAUGUACAUCCUACCACCAGUGCUACUGCGGGGAAGAGGGAAAUCAGCUACCACUACAAAAAGACAAAAGGUAGUAUGGAAGACAGUGAAGCAAAAUAAGUCUGCAAAAGACAUUCCAGUUUGGCAAGGUGCUCUUCCAGAUGCUGAUGCAAUCAGACUGCCCAUUCAAUACUUCAGAGACUUUGUUGAUUCUGAUCUUUUGGAUACUAUUGUGGAACAAAGCAAUCUUUAUUGCACACAACAAAAUCCAAAUGGUGCUCUCAAAUUGGAUAAGAAUGAACUGGAGCAGUUUAUUGGCACUGUAGUGUACAUGAGUGUUUUCCAUUUACCAAGGUCAAGAAUGUACUGGUCCAGUGCAUGUCGAGUACCGCAUGUUGCUGAUGUGAUGUCCCGAGACAGAUGGGAAGAAAUAAAACAUUUCCUUCAUUUCAAUGACAACAUGGCACCCAACAACAGUGAUAAACUUUUCAAAGUCAGGCCUCUUAUUGAUUCACUCCUCCCCAAAUUUCAGGCUCUCCCUCAAGACCAAAUGUUAUCGAUUGAUGAACAAAUGGUGCCAUUCAAAGGAAAAUCGAGUCUCAAGCAAUAUAUCCCCAAUAAGCCAUACAAAUGGGGAUACAAGAUCUUUGUGCUUUGUGACACAACAGGCCUGGUGCAUUCAUUUGACAUCUUUACAGGGAAAAUUGAGCCUGUACCAGGACUACCAGACAUUGGGGCAAGUGGAAACAUUGUGCUAAAGCUUGCACAAGUUAUCCAUGGUGCUGUCAAUCAUCUGGUGUACUUUGACAACUGGUUUUCCUCCUUGGAUUUGUUUGUUGCUCUUUCAAACAAUGGGAUACCAGCUCUUGGGACUGUACGGCAGUGUCGCCUGCGAGGGUGCAGUUUCAGUGCAGACGCAGAAAUGAAGAAGAAGGGAAGAGGCACACUUGAAGAGCAACAGGUUGUUGUUGACAAUGUGGAAAUAAGAGCAGUCAAAUGGUUUGACAACAGAGGGGUGAUCGUUGCAAGCACUUUUGCCAGUGCACAGCCUGUUUCCAACAUUGAAAGAUGGGGUAAAAAUCUGAAACAGAAAGUGACUGUGGAAUGCCCAAGUAUCAUCAGCCUGUACACCAAGUUCAUGGGCGGCGUUGAUGCUCUUGAUGCACUGAUUGCAUAUUACCGCAUCCACAUAAGGUCAAAAAAGUACUACCAUAGACUAUUUUUUCACUUUGUGGACAUGGUCAUUGUCAACAGCUGGUUGUUGUAUCGGCGGGAUUGCGAGUCACUGACAGUCCCAAGAAAGAAGCAGAAGGAUUUGCUUGCUUUCAGAACAUCUAUUGCACAGGCACUCUGCAUGCAAGGGAAGGAUCUGUCAAAGAAGAAGAGGGGGCGGCCUUCAAUGGAUGUUGAAAGGGAGCUUGAGAAGAAGAAACAUCAAGGUCCAGCUACGGUUAUGCCAACACAGGAAGUCCGUUCAGAUGGUGUGGGUCACUGGCCAGUGGUUGAAAGUGAGCGACAACGCUGCAAACUCCCACAUUGCAAGGGCCAGACUGUAAUUAAAUGUGCAAAGUGCACCAUUCACCUGUGCCUCAAC